UCAAGUGUGUUGGAGAGACGCCCUCCGCCCUCUCCUCAAGUAUUUUUCCUCGCUGAGUCGCCCCUCAUGCCGCUACCACCAUGAUUCUCUUGGAGAUUAAUAACAGAAUCCUUGAGGAAACGCUGACGGUGAAGAUUAAGAAUUCCUUAAAUGGCAACAAACCAGAGUCCAUUGACGUAACUAUAGCAGACUUCGAUAGUGUGUUAUAUCAUCUAUCAAACAUCAAUGGUGAUAGGACAAAAAUACGGAUAAGCAUCUCUUUAAAGUUCUACAAGGAGCUCCAGGAACAUGGGGCGGACGAACUCGUACAGCAGGAGUACGGCACCCUGCUCAUGUCGGAGCCUGAGUCAGGCUUCAACGUCUCCUUGCUCUUGGACCUGGAGAAGUUGCCCGAAGACUGGCAAGUGCUGGUCAAGAAGAUUGGUCUCCUCAAGAGGAACUGCUUUGCGUCAGUCUUCCAGAAGUAUUUUGAGUUCCAGGAGCAGGGUGUUGAAGAUGGCCAGAGGAGGGCUGUUAUACAUUACAGAGAUGAGGAAACUAUGUAUGUAGAAGCCAAGUCAGACAGAGUGACGGUGGUAUUCAGUACAAUCUUUAAGGAUCCUGAUGAUGUAAUUAUUGGCAAAGUGUUUAUGCAAGAAUUCAAGGAAGGCAAGAGAGGGAGUCAAACAGCACCACAUGUAUUAUUCUCUCACAAGGAGCCCCCACUAGAACUUCAGGACUCUGGGGCCAGAGUAGGAGAAAAUAUUGGAUAUAUCACAUUUGUAUUAUUCCCACGGCACACCUGUAAGGCUGCAAGAGACAACACCAUAAACCUGAUUCACAUAUUCCGGGACUACCUUCACUACCACAUCAAGUGUAGCAAGGCAUAUAUUCACACUCGUAUGCGCGCCAAGACCAGCGACUUCCUUAAAGUUCUCAACAGAGCGCGCCCUGAACCGAGCAAAGCAUCAGGGGACAAGAAAACUGCAACGGGCCGGGCAUUCAUGCGUGCCAACUGAUAGUGGAUAUUGUGUGGUAUACUGUUAAGCCUCAACUUGAUUGAUAUCUCCACCUUUGCUGUGAUUGGCUGCUGGGAGAGUCAAAGGGCAUGGUGUGUAGCAGUGGUUUAGCUCCAUUAGUGCUAGAACUCUCUCUCUUGCUCAUAGGUUGGUUCGACCCCACUGAUUUCAUCAAGCAGAACUCAUUGUUGUUGAACGAGUGACCUCUGUACGAAGGUGCUGGACUCGAGUACGGCCAAUACUUGUACUUGUGUUUUUCUCCUUUUUUUUCUCUCUCUCUCUCCUGUUUUAUGGUUUUAUUGCACAAAAAAUAUGAAAAUUAGAGAUGCAUUAGCUGCUAUUCAAUGGCCAUGCAUACUACCAUGUUUCUAAACGGAAGAAAGCUUUGGCUACUUUGUGUCUUGCUAACUAAAGAACUGAUUGUUAGAAAUGAGAUGUAAGAAGAAAACUUGAUUAUCCAGCAGGAUUCAUGUCAGUGUUGUUAGAUACAAUUUUAUGCUGGAGAUUAGUUAAGAAUAAAAUUUGACUUGCCAGGUUUUUCAAUUAAUAAGCUGUGAAGAAAAAUGAAAAAUAAAAGUUUUAGCCUCAGCUUUUUUAUCGUUUAUGGACAUAGCAAUCUAUAUAACCUGGGCAAACCGCUGCUGUCGUCGUCCGUCUCUUCCCUGUGGCCAUAAUCUUCUUUCUUCCAAUAUUAGGAGCCAAUAUGGGGACUAUUGCCAGGAUGGGGGUCGUAGUUUUAGAAUUUGAGGACGUGCGAAAGAUGUCAGGGCACGACUGCCAACCACCAAAGCUGUAAUAGGUUUAGUUAAUGCUUGUUGAUGCUCAUGCAACUAAACCCAUGACCCCUGGUUCAUCAAAAGCUAGGAGUUACCUCAUGGUUUUGUUUUUGUUUUUAUUUUUUUUUUUUGUUUUCUACAUGUACAGUCCAGGCUGAUGAUGAGCCAGGAUUAAUAUCAAAUUAACAAAGAAGAAAAGUGUUCUUUGACUGGUGUUGUCAGCCUUUUAUGCCUGUCAGUCAGGAACAGAAGAAACUUUCCAGUAUUUAUUCUCAAUGCCUUGGCUAGAGUAACCAUUUUCUUCUUUGAUUACAAUUGGAAGAAAAAUAAUUUUAUAUAGUAAGGUGAUAUCUCCACUUUGAUUUCUCGGUGUUUACAAAUAUUUAAAAUUAGAAAAAAAAAACACUAUUAUCUCCAAUCCUGGGUCAAGGGUAAAUAAUGGCAGAUCCUGAGCAUUUCACACAAUCAAUUGUUGGUAGGUGUGUGGGGUGACCUUAAAGUAAUUUCAUACUUUUGAAGUUAUUUGUUGAGACACUGAUAAAUCCUACUGUAUUAAUACUGUUGAUGAUGCUUAUAUGCCAUACAACAUUUCCAGAGUGUUGUGUGCUGCCCUUUUCAUGGUUACUACUUUUAUCUUUGUCUUCCUUUUAUUUGGUUUGUGUUUUUUUUCCUUUCCUUAUUUUGCCAGUGUCACUGCUCACUUUCUUACGUUUUUUCUACCGUUGUUGUCUUUUUUUUUUCUUCUGUUUCGUCAUUGGUAAUGCAAAUACUGGUCUCUCUUCCUGCAUUCCCACGCAUUAUACUAGAUUUAGUUGAAUGUCCCUGAUCCUACCAACCUUGCCCUAGUUCUCUUCCUCUUUCCUAUCUAUUCUGUUAAACAAAAGGAAAUGAUGAAAUGAAUAGGAAAAAAAAUAUAUGAUCAGCAAUGACAGUGAUUGUUGAGAUCCCCCUACCUUGCUUAUUUAUGUCUUUGAGGGAACUGUUAAAUAGAAUGGUGAACAUUUGUAAAUAUUUUAGUAAGAUGAAAGAAAUUAUUAUGGUUUUGCCCUAGAUUCAUCUGACCUUUCUUGUUUAUUUUAUUUUUUUCUUAAUAUGGAUAAGGGUGCCUUCCCUCAUUAAGAGUUCAUUUACCCUCUUCAUCCAUUGUGGGAAGAUGAUGUGAUAAGUGGCAACUGAAGCAAAUUAGUUGUUCUAAAGGGUGACAGUGCUUUUUUUCAAGCACAGGAGAUACAGGUACUCAAAGUGCCUCAGUUAGUAUGAACUACUGUUGCGUUUGGCAUAACUUUCUCAUUGAGGAUGUUUGUUGUAAAGGUGAAUUUCCCUAUUUGUUAAUGAGUAAUUUAUCCCUUCUUGAGAGAAGAGUGUGCGUGUGCAAAUGAUUUCCCCCAUAUAACAUUCCUAACAUUUUGUGCCAUUGUUGUCUUCAUCAUCAUUUUAGCCUGACAAUAGUCUCAUUUUCUUGUCUUUUUUACACUUUUUGGAAUAGUUUAGUCGUAAAAUAUCAAAUAUCAGUGAAGGGAUAACUCGUUUAAUUAGUAAGGCCUUUAAGUAAGUGCAUCAGCCUCGGUGGGAAAAUUAAACAGCAGACGGCAAAUGGUCUUAGUUAUACUGACCGGAAAGGGAUUUUCCGCUGUAAUGAGGGAAGGCAUCCCUGUUACCCUAAUAUUCCGAGUGACUUGUGUUGUUGUUAGUUGAUUUUGGGUAUGAUUGUGUACCAUGCAGGUUGGAUGCGCUUGGUGAUCUCUUUCCACAGAAAUAGUGAGUGUGCGUGUGAGGCAUUUGGGCGUGAUUGGAUUUCCGAGUCUAAAGAAAGUGGGUGUUUUCCUCCUGCCCCUUCCCUUCUCCACCUGUUCUGUCUUUGCUAUUAAAUCUUUCACUCGUCCUCUCAAUCCGUUUCAAAACACCCGUUCUUUGGGAUACCAGUGACCACAAUCCAAGUUUUGCUUUGCUGUGUAAUUGUGCAUACAUUUUUUAUGCUUCUCUGGGGGGGUGGGUUUACACCUGCUUGUCACUUCUGCCUCCUUUUUUGCACCUGAGAGGAUGUUAUUAAUGUUGUUUUGCUGCUACAAGGGUCUUUCCAGGAUCACCACACCAUAACCCCAUAAUUACGCCACUCGUGUCACCUUGACAGUUGGUGUCCUUGGCAGGUUUAUCUUGCUUCAUGGGUUUCAUGAACUGAAAGAGUUUGUUGAUACAGAUUGCAUUGGUAUUGUUUAUAUGUAUAUUUUUUUUUAUUUAUAUUUUUUCUCUCUUUUCCCUGCCUAUAGUAUAUAUAUAUAUUUUGAUUUUGUUUUUGUUUUUUAUUUUACCUGAGGAAAAAAGGGGAUAAUAGUAUUAAAAUAAACCCUGUGAUGAAUGUUUGUCAUAAUAGUUUUUUUGUUAUUGUUGUAGUUAAACUUAGUCCAGUGCAAUGACAGAGCCUUGGUUUUCCUUUCCUUGUGUAAAGUUUUUAUUUAGUUUUUCUCAUUUUUUUCCUUAUGUUUUCACUUACCCCCUUUGAGAAAGAAUAGACCAGCGCCUCUGUAAUGCAAUUGCCUGACAGAUAAAAAAGGAAUCAAGGAGAAUUUCAUUAUUCAGUGUUGAUUUGUGAUUAUUUCUUUUCAUUUAAUUUCUCUUCUUUAAUAGAUAUUCAUGUUAGAAAUGUUUUUGAGCCUAGACUCUGAAGUAUUCUGUAUAGGUGUAUAUUUUAUUUAAUUUGUCCCUUUUAUUUACCCUUAUUCUUUCAUUAUAAAGAGGGCCAUUCCAUUAUUUGCAGACCUUUACAGAAUUCCUUAGAGCUUUAGGGUCAUUGUGGGAGAGUUAAUUAUUGUAACUAGACCCGUUCUAGCUGGUCUUACAAACUUAGCAUGGUUAUUUGAUUGAAAUGUUUUUCUUUCUUUUCUUUUUCAUUUUGUAGUAUUUAUCCUGAGAUAUUGUAGCUCUCUUUCACAACCUGCUAAAUGCGAUUGAACAAUAUUUUGAACCUGAUUUGCAUUUCACUGCCAAAUAACUAAAUCUUAGUGAUUAUUACACAGGAUUUCGUCAUGUGCAAUUCCACUUUGGCAGCAUUGAUUAUCAGACCAAGUCUCGCAAGUUCCUUAAUUUAUCAUAUACUUUUUUUUUUCUCUUUUUUUUUUUUUUUUGAAAGUGCAUCUUUUAAUUUACUAAUCUUGCACAUUUAUAUUACAACUGAUGUAAAACUUUUAACUCUUUAACAAAGCUCAACUCUGUCUCCAUUAUGUCCAAUAUUUGCUGCUUAAAGUGGGAAAAAUGAGAUGGUUGAGUGUAAAGCUCUCGGUGAAAAACGCCUGAAAUUAAUGUAUAAGGAACAUCUUUGAACAGUUAGCAGAAGUUUGGUACUUGUGUUUUGUGUUCUUCACUAUAUAUUUAUUGAUUUUGUUGUUUUCUCAUGUUGUUAUUCUUAUGAAAUACAUAGCUUCAUUGUAAGCCACUUAGUUUUUCUCAUUUAAAGACUACCAAAGUUAGAACUAUUACUUUUAGUUCCCUCUUGUGUUAAUGCAAAAGAAAAAAAAAAAGUGUCAUAUUGUGAUGAACAUUUUCAGAUUUUAUUCUAUUAAAAGUAUUGACUGUACAGUGAAAAUUUAGUUGACUAAUUCAAAUUUACACUUAAAAUAGUAAGAGCAAGCUUUUCACUCUAACAUUUUAACCAAUGCUUGUGUAUUGAAACCCUUUUUCAUCGAAGACAUCAUCAGCUGUUGUUAUAUCCAAACUAUAAUAUCAAAGAGGGUUCAACACUAGCAGCAAAGCACAGGAUCCACAGUUACGAGGCUUGACCGGAUGUCUUACUUCCUACACGCCACAAUGGGACGACCUCUUUAUGAGUCGGACCUCCAAGUAUCGUCACUGAGGCUCUUGUCACGUACACUUAAUAGCUGUUAUAGAGUAUUAAAUGAAACAACCACUUCGCUCUAAGCGUUCCUUCAACUCUCAGAAUGUGCAAAGAAUGAUCUAGACCUAAUGAUUUGUAAUAAACAUUUUAUCAACCAAGAGUAUGCAAUAAAUUAUAUAUGAAAUAAUA